GGCGGACAUUUAAAAGGACAGAUCACCAUCAUUCAAUCUCCAAUGGAGAGAGACAUAAAGAAAUGACUCUACAACAAAUUAAAAAGAUUUAAUUGAACUUUAACCUUCUGUUCAAAAUGAGUAUAAUAAUGCUAAGUUGCGAAGAUUUCGGAUAUCUGGUAAUUGUAGUAUUCUAUGCCUAUGGAAUUGAGCGCACUUCUUCUAUGCUGGGUAUAAUUUUUGUAUCGGAAAAUUGUUACUGCACGAGCCACCUUCAAUUCUUUCCUUCCCCAUGUGCAGUUUCUGACAUUUUACAAACUAGUAUAAACUUGGUAACUGCUACUUUCCAACACUCGCUAAGAGACUGCCCAUAUUCAAGAAACCGACUUACAUUUGUCGAUUAUGACACCAAGCGGAAGUACAAUCCAAUGCAACUUUCCAAUUAUGCUAGGUAGUUCAUAUAACCAUUAUAUUUGAUACUAGAGCAUGUUUGAAUGACUGAAGGACACCAUCAAAAAACGACCAGAGAAGUAAUUGAUUCUGAUAUACUUCUUAAUCUCCUCUGCAAUGUCACAAUUGUCUAUCGAGUGGCUUACACUUAUAACCUUUUAACUGUUUGUGGGAAUGUAUUUGCAACCGAAACUAAAU